AUGGAUGAUAUCCCAAUAGAACAGCUUAUCGCCUUUUCAGGCGAAACAUUUUAUCAACAUGUGCAAGAACACUAUGGAAAAAAUGUUGAAAAGAUCCUUCGAUUUCAUGAUAUUGAUAAUUAUUUGAUAUUAAGUGGAACUAGUACACAAGAACUCCUGGAAAUAUUUGAAAAACCCAAUGAUGAAAAUGCUACUCGUGAAUUAAUUUAUUUAAAAACCGAAAUAUGCAACAUAUCUGAAGGAAAAAUAUUAUUAAAAAUUGGAACCAAAAACAAGAUGAUCUUAUUAUUAAAAUCAGCUCAAAAUAUUGUCAAGAAAAGAAAACGUCAAUUCACCGAUCAAACAAAAUUUAAUCGAUUGAAUAAACAUCGAUCAACAUCAUCAUCACUUAACACCAGUUCAAGCGACAGUGAAACGAAUAUGAAAAAAUAUGCCACAUCAAUACAAGAAUCCAUUGGAAAAAUAUUAACAAAUAUGAAGAAUCAUAUUCAUCGUCGUACUUAUGUAAAUAUAUCAGCAAAUGAUUUUGGUAUUAUGAUUGAGGAUAUAGAUGAUCAAUCUGUACCACGUUGUUCUGUUCAAUGUAUUUGUGGUGAUCGGAUAAAGUUAUUUUUUAAUCAUAAUCGAUUUCAACUAUCAAAUUUAAUCAAACACCUCAGAAAUGAUAAUAAUGGAUUAAAAUUUUUAAUGAAAAAUACAAGUCAAGGAAUUGAUGAUCAAAAAGGUGUAGAUGAAAUGGAUCAAAUGGAUGUUGAUGAAGAAUCUUCAAGAAAUGAAAAUAAUCUCUUGACUACUCAAAAUAUACUGAAUAAACAUAUCAACAACAGCAUUGGAGAUAUUGAUAAUACAGCAGCAGUAACAACAAAAAAGUCUUAUAGUCAGAAUGAAAAAUCUCUAUAUGAAUUAGAUGGUAACACAUAUAAUAAUACAUCAUCUACAACAACAAUAAAUCGAGAUGGUAAUCAACGAAUAUCUAAUAUACUGGCUACAGGUGGUGGAACGCAAAGUUCUAUUUCAUAUAUUUCAUCAUCAAAAUCAAAACAACAACUAGUGAACAAGGAACAGCCAAAAACAGGAAGUUUACCAUCAAACAAUCAAUAUUCAACAGUUGUCAAUGAUCAAGUACGUUAUAUGAAAAAUAUAUUUGAUUUCGUUUUUCACUGUGCAUUGCAGAAUAUCAAUUCGAACCAUUCAUCACAAUCGAAGAAACGUAAAAUCAAUGAAAAUGACAAACAAAUUCGAUUUUACUCAUCAACCAAACAUAAUAAAAAAAAAUCUGAACAAGAGGUUAGUACUGAUUAA